AUGCAAGAAGAAGAGACUCAGGGCCUCAGUCAUCUGAUGGGGCCUCCUCACCAAGGGCCCUCAGGGGCCUCUCAAUGCCGUCUCUUCCUAAGGGCUACCAGGGGCCCCAGCAGCAGCCAACUCCAAAGCAGCAGCAGCAGCAGCAGCAGCAGCUGCAGCAGCAUCAGCAGCAGCAGCAAUAGCAUCUCUGAGGGGCAGACGAAGCCGAGACGACGCGGGAAACUCAGCCCCAGGGGGGCCCCUUCGAAGAGGGGGGGCCCUGAGGACAAGGGGGCCCCUGGAGAUAGGGGGCCCCGUUCUCCUCAGGGGGCCCCCGGACACAGGGGGCCCCCUGAGGUGGAGGGGGCCCCUGGAGACGAGGGGCCCCCUGAAGUCGGGGGGCCCCCUGUGCCUUCUGGGGAGGGCAUUGAAUGUAUGAGGAGUCGGAGGCAUAAACAGUCUCCUAAGAGCAGAGACUGUCUCCGCGUAGCACCUUCAGCUAGAAGCCCUUGGGGAGGAGACAGUACCCAAAGAGGAGACAGUCUCCUCCCCGAAGGAGACAGUCUUCAGAAAGGAGACAGUCUCCUUUACAAAGGAGACAGCCUUCAAAGGGGAGACUGCAUGCAAAGAGGUGACAGUCUCCUCCCUCAAGGAGACAGUUCUCAAAGAAGAGACAAUAUCCUCGUAAACGGAGACAGUUCAGGGCGAGGAGGGAAUCUGCUGCUGCCCCAAGGAGACAGACCCCAAAGAGGAGAUAGUCUCCCCUCGCGAGGAGACAGUCUUCAGAGAGGAGACAGUCUCCUCUCUGGAGAAGACAACUGUCCCCAAGGAGGAGACAGUCUGCAGGGAGGAGACAGUAACCUCCAUAAAGGAGACAGUCAAGGAGGAGACAGCCUGCAAGAAGGAGACAGUCUCCUCUUUAAAGGAGACAGUCUCCGGCGAGGCGAGGGUGUACCCCCCAGUGGGCGACGAGGAGACAGUCUCCUUGCGAGUCCCAGGAGAGGAGACAGUUUAUUGAGGCCUCUUUGUCUGCACGAAUCUGCUGCUUCUGCCUCUGAUAGUGGAGGGACAGGAGACAGCUCUGCUGAAGGAGACUUAGCGCAGCGCGUAGCCUCGCGGCUGCGGCGUCUCUCUAUGCGUCUGCGAAAGAUAGAGCAGCAGGAAACAACUGGGGUGUCUCCAAGGAGACUAUUUGCUCCCCUGUCUCCUCGAUGUGCCUCUGCAACAAGCAGAAGAGACACUCAAGCAGGAGGAGACACCUCCACCACUACAACAGACAGCCGCUACGGCCUUAGUGCUCUAGCCCACUGUCUUGAUGAAUUGUUUGAAGAGGCUUCGCUUGCAGCAGCACAGUGUCACAGAUGGAGUGCCGCCGCGUCUCGCCAGAAGCAGCAACUCAACUCUGCCCUAGAAGAGAAUGAAAGGCUGCUAGCAGAGAAUCAGGGUCUAUACGAAGAGUUGAGCGCCACCAAGCAGAAGUGUUUAAACGCUGAGGCGGAGCUGCAGCAGCUCUUUAAGUAUAAGAAGUGUGAAGAAAAGCUCUUUGCUAGUCAAACGCAAGUGCAGCAGCUGCAGUUAGAGCUGCAGCGGCUGCAGCGGGGGUUUGAAGCUUUUGUGCGGGCACAUACAGCACAAGAAGAAGAAUUAAAACAAACAAAGGAGACAGCAGCAACACUCAAACAGCGUCUCCGCGAUGCAUGCGAGGAGCUGGCUCGGAGUAAACAAGCUGUCUCCUUACUCUCUGCCUCUCGUCAACAAGGGUUAGAGAGUUGCUCAGCCGGUAGAGGAGGGGCUCUGCGUGCGGGUGAGAAGAAUAAAGAAAAAGAUAUUAUGUCUGUCUCUAAUGGAGGUGAAGGGCCGAGAGGCUACUGGGGUGUCUCCGCGAGAUCUUCAGAGGACUCAACCGCUGUAGGGUCCCUCUUCUCAAAAGGAGACAGCUCCGAUUCGAGGAAGCUAGCAGCAGCAGCAACAGCAGCAGCAGCAGGAGGAGCAGGAGCAGCAGGAAGCGGCUGGCGUUACUCCCGCUAUAACAGUUUGCUGAGGGGCUAUAGCCUGAGACACAACCUAAGGGCUUCUUUGUCUCUUGAUCGGAUAGGGCCUCAUCCCCUGUCUCCUGUCUCCUCUUCAGGGUCUCCUCAGCACUGGCAUUGCAUGCGCUUUGCCUGUGCAGAAGCCAGCAGCAGCGCAGUAAGCUCUGCUUCUCAGCUGUCUCCUCACCCUACGGAGACACCUGUACACUCAAGACCCCGUACACCCCACGCCGGGCUGUCUCUCUUUGAAGAACUCGCAGCUACAGCCAAUGCAAAUACGCCUGCGGGGCCCCACACCCCAGCAGCUCCUGCUGCUGCUGCAGAGCAACAGCAACAGCAGCAGCAGCAGCAGCAGCAGCAGAAUGUGCAGGGAGAGGAGACAACCGAGGUGAAAAAGACAGCGCUGCAGCAGCUCCUAAGCAUCGCUGCACAGUCUCCUGUCUCCUUUCAGGAGCUGAAGGCUCAGGGUCUCAGUGCUGCGUGUCUCCUUGAGGUGUCUAAGCAGCGUAAGCGCCUGCGUGCAGCAGCAGCAGCAGGGGAGGGGAGACAGCAGCAGCAGAUCCCCGGCUCUGCAGCAACUGUCUCUUGCCAAGCCUGGCUGCUGUCUCCUUUGUCUAUGCGGCUAAAGGAGACACUUUUAUACAAACUCCCUGCUGCAGUUCAGCGCUGCUUGCAUUGGGCCUGGAGGGGUGCCCAUCCCCCGCAUGCAACGCAUGCAGCUUCUUUGCUGCAGCAGCAGCAGCAGCAACCCCCCAACUGGAUGCUGCUGGGGGCCUCACUGCAGUGUACGUACACCGUGCUAGUGCUGGCAGCAGCAGCUCUCGCCGCACUGUGGGUGCGGCUGGGGGAUCCCAGUACAGCCUGA